AGUCCUUUGAUGAAUUUCAAAUCAACAGGGUUAGCUCAUUCUUGGGUUUUAAUAAUAAGGCUUUUGUUGUUGUUGUUGUUAGCCUCGAUCUCUCUUAUUGGGAUUUGAAAUGCGAUUAUUGAUAGGGGUUUUUGAGGGGAGGAAGGAGAUUUUCUGUAGAUUAGAAUAAGCUGAAGGAGGGAUUUUAAUUAUUCGAUAAGAUGGAAGGACCGGCAGUACAGCCAGCCAGCCCCCGGAAAAAGAUGACGAAACAAUUGACAGGGAAACGAGACGAUACUGCAUUGCAUUCUGCAGCUAGAGCAGGGAAUAUUGUUGCCAUAAGGGAAAUCAUCAAUGGUAUUACAGAGGAAGAAUUGAAAGAGAUGUUAUCGAAGCAAAAUUCAGCCGGAGAAACAGCCUUGUAUGUAGCUUCUGAAUACGGAUAUUUUGAGUUAGUGAGGGAGAUGAUCGAGUUCUAUGACCUUGCAGCUGCUGGAAUCAAAGCGAGGAAUGGCUUUGAUGCACUUCACAUAGCUGCCAAACAGGGGGAUUUGAAAGUGGUGAAGGUGUUGAUGGAAGCACAUCCCGAGCUGUCCAUGACCGUUGAUGUUGCAAAUACCACGGCUUUGCACACUGCAGGGACUCAAGGGCACAUAGACAUCGUAAAUCAUCUCUUGGAAUCCGAAAGCAGCCUUGCCACCAUAGCUAAAAGUAAUGGGAAAACAGUCUUGCAUUCUGCUGCAAGAAAUGGGCAUUCACAAGUUCUUAAGGCCCUCUUGAGUAAGGAGCCCGGGAUUGCUACUCGAACUGAUAAAAAGGGACAGACCGCACUUCACAUGGCCGUCAAAGGACAAAAUCUUGAGGUUGUAGAGGAACUAAUUAAAGCAGAUCCCAUGUCGAUUAACAUGGUGGACAACAAGGGAAACACCGCAUUGCAUAUAGCCACCCGGAAAGGGAGGACACAGAUUGUGAAGAUGCUGCUAGGACAGAACGAAACCGAUACAAGAGUUGUUAACCGGUCUAAUGAAACUGCCCUCGACACCGCAGGGAAAAUGGGGAAUUCUGAUAUCGAAGCCAUCCUGAAGGAACACGGUGUUCUGAGUGCAAAGACGAUAAAGCCUCAGACGACAAGUCCAGCUCGGGAGCUGAAGCAAACCGUGAGUGACAUAAAGCACGAGGUCCAUUACCAAUUAGAACACACGCGUCAAACCAGAAAACGCGUGCAAGGUAUAGCUAAACGCCUCAACAAAAUGCAUGCCGAGGGGCUCAACAAUGCCAUUAACUCGACUACUGUUGUGGCUGUACUCAUCGCCACCGUUGCAUUUGCAGCGAUAUUCACUGUUCCUGGCCAAUAUGUCGAUGACCCUAAUGAUAUUCCUCCGGGCCUUUCCCUUGGGGAGGCAAAUAUUGCUCCAAAACCUUCGUUUCAGAUUUUCUUUAUCUUCGACUCUGUUGCCCUGUUCAUUUCUCUAGCAGUCGUGGUGGUGCAAACCUCGGUCGUGGUAAUAGAAAGCAAGGCGAAGAAGCAGAUGAUGGCGAUUAUAAACAAGCUAAUGUGGCUGGCUUGUGUGCUUAUUUCGGUGGCAUUCUUGGCAUUGUCGUUUGUUGUAGUUGGAAAGCACGAUAGGUGGCUGGCAAUUGGAGUGACAAUUAUGGGAAGUACAAUAUUGGCAACAACAAUAGGUACAAUGUGUUAUUGGGUAAUUAUGCAUCGGAUAGAGUCCUCGAACAAGAACUCUAUGCAGGCCAGCAGAGACCGGUCCUGGUCGAAAUCUUUACUUUCAGAUUCGGAAGUCCUAAACAAUGAUUUCAAGAAAAUGUAUGCAAUUUGAAAGCUUUUCUCAAAAAAAGGUUAAACCCUAACCUUAAGGGUCCCCCACCACCCCUCCCCUGGAGCAUCGUGAGGGAGGUAAAUCUGAAAGCUUUUCUCGUGCUUAUGUAUGAAUCAGUGGCAGCAAUGUCUUCUCAAGUUUUUAACAUAAAUGUUAUUGUUAACUGCACUUUUAUAUCCUUUUUAUUGCCAAAUGAUGGGGACUUCUUGUUUGGGAUCGUUUGGCAUUAGGAUAAUGUAAUUACUUGAAACAUGUAUCUGGUUACCUAGUCAUAAGUAUGGCAACUGUGACAAUUUUAAA